CUACUCGUCAACCUGACCCGCUCACACCUCUCCCACCUCCACCACCACCAACCCACCGAUCAUUUGUUGAAUCCCAAAAAACAUUUUCUCUCGUCGUCUAUCAAAGAUUUUAAAAAUUGAUUAAUAUCUUUAACUUGUCAUCGUUGUGUGUCGGCUAAAUCAUUCGACCCAAAAUCAAUUUCAAUUUCGUGAUUUUUUGAACUUUUUAAAUUUUUUUUCUAUUUCAACACCGGCGGUUCGGCGGCGGUUCACAAGACUUUUAUCACCGUCUUUAUCAGCUUAGAAUCGACGCUUAGCGACGCCGGGGGGGAAACGCCGUUUAUAUAUAGUAUCUAGAUAAAGUCAAAAAGCCCCCAAGUAUAUAGAAAAGCCCAUGCCAUUUUUCUAUGACGUGUUUUGUAUCAAAUAUUAUUCUUUUCUUUUCUCUCCUAUCCGCUGUGUGUGUGUGUCUCUUCUAUUGUGCGCCCCUGCGAGUGAGUCUGACAGUGACUGAGAACUUGGAAAUGAGCAAGUGCAUGUCAAAGUGAGAUAAACGAUCGUCUUUCCCCCAUCACCUUUUCCUCCGUAUAUAAAAUAGACGCAGUCCCGCGUGACUUGAUCGGUAGAAACAAAAGAGAAAAAGAAAAAAUUCCGUCAGCAUCAAGACAAUCAGGUAUUUAGCGAGCCUGUGCAGCACUGCUGGGAGCGAGUUUUUCAUUUUUAAUCGCCGCAAUCAAUCAACGUCGGAGACUAGAUUGGACUAGAAGCGCCCAACUUUCAAUGGACGAGAGGAAACCCUUUUUCUGCCGUAGGACUGCUGGGCUCGCCUGUUGAAGGACGGAGCAAAUAACCAGACGACAAACAAAAGAAGUGCUAUACUGCUGCUCCUGCUGCUGUGUGGUUGUUUAUAUAUCUACGCCAGAGAUCGAGAACUCCCUGGGCGACGGAUCUAUCGAUCCAGGGACACAGGAAAGAAAAAGAGAAACCCUGGGAUCUCUCUCGUUUUAUAUAUGUGGACAGUUUGAUAGAGCUCCGAUAUAAGGGCGUAACCCGAGGCCAGUACAGUCGAGUGAACAACAGCAACGUCUUUGACGGCCGGGCCGGCCCAAAAGAAGAAACUAGACGCGCCGGCCGACGACGACACAAUCAACAACAAUAAAACGGCCCCAGCAGAUCUGCUCUCUCAUAUCUCCUACGUCUAUAAGAUCAAACAUAUCAAAGAUGAACAUGGUCAACCGAGUGGAAGACCAGCAGCCGGAGAGACGGACAGCAACCAACACCAACAACCAGUCGACCAGCAGCACGUCCGGCAACUGGAGCGAAACGAAAUGGUUUGUCGGUGGCAACAUCUUGGCCUACGACGAUGAAUUGAUGGACCUGGACGCGGCCCUGGCCAGAAAUUGGUCACAUUUCAAUCACAACAACAAUUCGAUGGUGAACAACGCUACGAUGGGCGGCAAUCGCUAUUUGAAUAUCACGGCUGACCUGGACAUCAGUUACGCCCUUCCGCUCUACGGUUACAUCAUGCCGUUCCUGGUCGUCAUCACCAUCAUCGCCAACACUCUGAUUGUCCUAGUUUUGUCUAAAAAACACAUGCGGACGCCAACCAAUUUGGUUCUGAUGGCCAUGGCUCUCAGCGACAUGUUCACGCUCCUGUUUCCGGCUCCUUGGCUCCUGUAUCUCUACACGUUCGGCAACCACCACCGGCCGCUGAGACCUUUGUCGGCCUGUUACGCCUACAAUUUCAUGAACGAAGUCAUACCGGCUCUCUUCCACACGGCCUCCAUCUGGCUGACCCUGGCCCUGGCCAUCCAGCGCUACAUUUACGUCUGUCAUCCGCCGCUGGCCAGGACCUGGUGCACCAUGGAGAGAGUCAAGAAAGCUAUUUGCUGGAUCUACGUGCUGGCCCUGGUGCACCAAUUCCCACGUUUGUUCGACCAGGUCUACUUACCGGUGGAGAUCCGCUGGGACGGCGAAGGAGUCGUGACUACCUGCUGCAAGUACGAAGCCGAUUGGGUCACCGACAUCUUCAGUCAGGUGGUCUACUACAAUUUGUACUUUUGGUUCCGGGUGGUUUGCGUCCACCUGGGACCCUGCGCUUCCCUGGUCCUGCUCAACGUGCUCCUGUUCGGAGCCCUGCGGCGUGCCCAGCAGAAGCGCGACAAGCUCUUCAAGGAGAACCGCAAGGCCAGCGAGUGCCGCAAGCUGCGUGAUUCCAACUGCACGACCCUGAUGCUCAUCGUCGUCGUUUCCUGCUUCCUGGUGGUGGAGAUCCCGCUGGCCGUCCUCACCGUUUUGCACAUUUUCGACGCCUCCCUGGAACUGCGCGUCCUCGACUAUUCCGUCAUCAACGUCCUGAUCCUCUUCACCAAUUUCUUCAUCUCCCUGUCGUAUCCCAUCAACUUCGCCAUCUACUGCGGAAUGAGCCGACAGUUUAGGGAGACGUUCCAGGGCCUGUUCACUCCGUCGGCCUCUUCCGGCAGAUUGGCGGCCGGCAGUGCUCAUCAAGGUGCUUCAUCGGUGGCCAACCGUCACAACGAUUGCAAUUACUCGACGGUGGCUCCCAACGGGAUCGCAACCAAAAGUCUCGUCACUAACGAGACGGGCGUCUGAUCGACUACACCCCACCCACUCCACCGGAAGAGACGAUUGACACCACCCACCACCAGCAUCAUAUUAUAUACGUACAUCUAUAGCCUAUUUAUAUGACAUAAUAUAUUCUAUUAGAGAGAAUCAGUUCAUCAGUUGGCUUUUGAUCUUGUUAGACACGCCCAUCUCCUGGAUUCAUUAUUUAUGUAUACACGUUCAGAUGUAAUCCCCCGCCCACUCUCACCACCCCAUCGUGUUUGUAACCUCCCCCCCCCCCCUACUGUCCAUAUGUGAUACAUGUUUAUUCCCCGUUUUUAUUUAUUUAUUUGGAGCCAUAAAAUUCAAAAAUUGAUCGCCGAAUCAAAGGGCGAGAAAAUGAGCGGUUUUCCCACCUCGACGGAUGCGGAGCAUCUCGCUGAGAGCCCGCACGAACGAAGCUCCGCCUCCAUCGACGAGGGAAACUCUUUUUUUUAAAUUUCUCCAUUUUGAUUUCAACCAAACUUGUCAUUCACCCAAUUUAAA